AAUACAUCACUAAACGCAUCGAUUUACGAGCAGGAACUAACGAUUUAGUCAGUAUUAGUGCACAGAACGCCCUUAUUUCGUGACCAAACAGGGAAACGAAAGUCCAUAACCAGUUUAAACCUCGCUUUUUAUUACUGUGUCUAUCGCGUUUCAAUGGCAGCCGACGAAAGCGUUUUUCUGAGGGCGAAGGACCGGAGUUAUAAGGGGCUUACAGAAGAUGAACAGAAGGAAUGGAGCGGGCCCUUUUAUUUCAUCCAGGCUGCAGACCCACAGCUUGGCCUGAUGAAGGCAUGGAGGAUUGGUGAUUGUGAUUCAGGAGGCGAUGAGUGGGAUGAAGAGGUCCAGCUCACAAAGCAGGCAGUGCAGGCCAUCAACAAACUCCAGCCCAAACCUCGCUUCAUAGUGCUGUGUGGAGAUCUGGUCCAUGCUAUGCCAGGAAGUCCGUUCAGAGAACAGCAGAUAAAGGACCUGAAAGAUGCCCUGCGAGGCACCGACCCGCACAUUCCUCUUGUGUUCGUCAGCGGAAACCACGACCUCGGCAAUGCUCCCACUCCAGACACUGUGGAGCAGUUCUGCCACGAAUGGGGCGAUGAUUACUUCAGUUUUUGGGUGGGUGGCGUGCUGUGCCUGGUGUUGAACUCUCAGUUCUUUUUUGACUCAUCAGGCUGUCCUGAGUUAAUGGAGGCCCAUGAGGUCUGGCUGGAGAACCGGUUACAGAUGGCAGUUCAGACCCCGUCUCGACAUGUGCUUGUCUUCCAGCACAUUCCACUCUUCCUUCGCACCCCUGAUGAAGAAGACGACUAUUUCAACCUGCAGAGGGGGAUCAGAGAGCACUUGAUCCAGAGAUUCAAACGGGCAGGGGUGAAAGCUGUGUUUUCCGGCCACUACCACAGGAAUGCAGGAGGAUGCCAUGAUGGACUGGAUAUGGUGGUGAGCUCAGCAGUUGGUUGUCAGUUAGGAGAUGACACUCAUGGUGUUCGAGUGGUGGUAGUCACUGAAAACAACAUCAUCCAUCGCUACCAUAGUCUUGACCAGUUAUCUAAAAGAGGAAUGGAUGAAGACCUGAAGAAAUUGCUGCUUUAAAUUUACGCCAGUAAUCAAAUGGCUGUAUCUCCAUACUCAACAGAAAAGCGAGACAUUAUUUGUACAUUUAAAACAUUCAGGUGUUUUUUUUUUUUAUACAAGAUUUGCGUUCGGAAUACAUUAGCAAGCAUUAAAAUCUCAAACCAGUUUGAUCUUUGAUACUCGCGUCAUCUGUCUCCACACUUUAAUCAUGCAAAUGUCUCUGAGAAUUC